ACGAAAAACUUCAUUCUAUCUUUAGAGAAUCGUCUGCAAUUAUUAAUUUUUGCUGACAAAGCGCAGUGUUUCAUGACAUUGCUGUCAUAAUAGCUGUAGUUUAGAAAUGAGUAAAAACCAGCAUUUUAAUGACUAUUUGAUCGGUUAUGUAACGUGGAUUAUGUCUAAUUUAUCAAAUAAUCAAUCUACCGUGGCUCAGUGUCAAAGAAACUCAAUACAGGCAAACAUCAUAAGAAAAAAAUUCAUCCCACCGAAGUUUGAAUGGUUGUUUCGUCUUCCUCAGCCAGCUCACAUUUUGACACUGGUGACAUCUUUGUACUUAGCAUUUCUUUUUUUCCCAAGAGAAAACAGACUUGGUCCAGAACAACCUUCCACAUUUACAAGCCUCUUGUAUGUAGCGUGUUUCGCAACGCAUUUCGGCACUCAGUUUUGGAUGACUUUCGCUUCAGGCCUGGUGCUUUUUUUCUCUCUUCCCCGCCAUAUCUUUGGAAAGGUGCAGAAAUGUUUGUUUCCCAAGUACUUCAUGGUGAAUUCAUUGCUGUCAGCAAUCACUUUGGCACUCUUCAUAUGUCAUCACCCGACUACCGCUCAAGGGGAACUCAAAGUACAAAUGUGGACCUUGCUAGUGUGUUUUUUAAGUGAAUUCUGUGCAAGGAUGUACAUUGUCCCAGGAUUGCUGGAUGCCCUGGAUGAAAGAAUGACAAUUGAAGAAAAUGCUGGAGUUGGCAUGGAAAUUGGCUGCCACAAACCUGGACCGUUGGCAUACUGUCCACACUAUACCAUGAUUAAUAAACGCUUCCGAUGGUACCAUGGCCUCUGCGCAUGCGCAAACAUCCUCUCAAUGGCAUGCAGCACACUACACCUGUACUUUCUUUCCACAAGGCUACGAUCUGCUCUAACUUAAAUUAGAAUAAAGUCUCAAUUUAAAUUAUUUUAUCAUUCAUCUCAUUUCACGAACUCUAACUGUCAUUUCACUGCUAACUGAUAACAAAGGACUGAUAAAUCUCGCCAAGUGGCGACUUUGUGUGAGUGUGUAACUUAUGCACACUGGUUACUUGUCAACUUUGCUGAACUAGCCGUUUUGAUUUAAAAUAUGUAACAGAUAGAAUUACGCAUUGUGAUAAACUUUUGUAGUUGUAAAUAAAUAAAAGUACUUUUUAUUUUA